CUUGACGAAAGCGUUGCAAAGGUGCUUGACAGCCGCCUGUCGCAGGAGGAUGAUGAGGACGAGGAUGCGCUCAUCGCCGAACUGGAGGAGGCGGACGAUGCCGCCUUCACUGCUUUGCGCGAGCGUCGUCUCGAACAACUACAUUCUGAGAUUACACGUGCCAAGACAAUGAGAGAGACCUCACACGGUACCUACUCUGAAAUCAAGGAUGAGAAAGAAUUGAUGGAAAUCACGACAUCAACAAAGCUCUGCGUUGUACAUUUUAUGAAGCCAGAUUUCAAUCGCUGUCGAAUCAUGGACGAGAAACUGAGAGGACUCACAUCCAAGCACUUUGACACACGCUUCGUGAGCAUCAACGUAGAAAAUGCAUCCUUUCUGGUGGUGAAGUUAGGCAUUCAAGUACUGCCCUGUGUCAUCUCAUUCAUUGACGGCGUUGGUGUGGACCGUAUUAUCGGCUUCGAGGGGAUCGGCUACAAGCCAGAUUCAUUUACGGCCAGUGAGCUCGAGGCGCGGCUGCUUGCUUGUGGUGUCCUGGUCAGAGCCAAAAUGAACAAGGAU